GUGAAGUGAAGAUGAGAACGCGCACACGCCCAAGAUUCCUGAUCCGGGUGUCGAAUCCUAAAGGAACGUGCACGCGCGGGAUAGAUCAUAUAAACCACAUGAUCGACGGGUAAGAUGUCCGUGGUGUGGUUCGGGGCAUACACGGAGAGUGGAGAAAUCGAUAACCGUACCUGGCCUAUUAAACGCCCGGGGCGUCAUCACCUGGACCGGGGUGCGGAGCUUCCGUUGAAGAUAACGACCACUCUGCCACUAUGCACUGAAAGAAAGGAAUGUGAUAAGUGCUGUGCCAUUGUCACACAGCAGCCGGGGGUGCCUGAUUCAGCUCAGCAAUCACUCGGCCGGACAAAAGCGUGGCAUUUGCAUGGCUUGUGCUGGGAUCUCCAAGAUAGAAUUACGUCAGAUAGGUGAAAUCAUUGGGCGCCAUCUGAAGAAUUGCUUUUGAGUAGCAUUCGAUUGCUCUAGUUCUUACCGAUCAUCUUUCAACAUUACUCUAACCCGCGUCGUGGCGCUCUCACAUGACGACACUUUAUCCAACGGGCGUCUCCGGACUCGUUUUCUAUACCCCGGCCGCUGAAAAGAGAAAGCCGAGAUGGUUUAUUUAAACGAAAUGUGGUGGCGCAGCUUUCGACCGCGAGUUUGAAUUGUGAAGUCGAAUCUAGUGAACAACGAAGAAAGUGACCGUCGAAUGUUAGGUAUUGUAGACACAAAUAAACAUCAUGCCGGCCACAAUAUCCCCAACUACCGUCCUGAUCAGCGGGGCAAAUCGAGGUUUAGGUAAAGGACUACUCACACGUUAUCUUGCCAAGCCAAACCACAUCGCUAUCGCUGCCAACCGUAAUCCGGAGAAUGCCACAUCGAAAGCCCUGGCUGAGCUACCCAAAGGCCAAGGUAGCCGUCUCGUCGUUGUGAAGCUCGAUGCUUCGAUCGAGGCCGAUGCUGCGAAGGCAGUGAAGCAGCUCAUCGCUCAUGGCGUCGAUCACUUGGAUAUCGUUAUUUCCAACGCCGGUGUCUCCUACGCCUGGCCCAAGGUUUCAGACAUUACGACCGAGGAGCUGCAAGGACACCUUAUCCCUGACCUGUUCGGUUUGGUAUGGUUAUACCAAGCUACUCAUAGACUUCUCAAGAAGUCCAUGGAUCCCAAGUGGAUAACAAUAGGCACCGUGGCCGCGAAGCUAGAGGAGCAACCGCCAAUCCCCAAUGCUGCAUACGCGACGUCUAAAGUGGCAGCCCAUUGGGUGACCAAGAGAAUCAACCAAGAGGAAGACUGGAUCACGGCUUUUGUGAUUCAUCCAGGCUGGGUCGAUACUGACAUGGGCCAAGCAGUAAAGACUAACCUCGGACUGACUGGUAAAAACGUGAAGCUGCCAAUAAUAACAACGGAUGAGUCGUGCGACGGGAUGGUGCACCUGAUCGACGUUGCUACUAGAGAGUCCCAUGGAGGGAGAUUCUGGGAUUAUGAGGGCAUGCGGGAGUCUUGGUAAAUAUCUUAUUCCAUUGAAUAGCGUUAUACCUCUUGUUAUUGUAUUUAUUCUGUAGUUACUAGGUAGGUAGGUAGGUAUUAGAUCUUGGUAUUGAAAUUUGGGGCCGUUUUCUGUGUAUUAUUGAAAGUCAUUUAACCUGGAAUACUUCGUACCUACGGUACAUAAAA